ACAAAACUAUUAAACCUCUUCUUAUCAGAAAAAUUACUUUGAUAGAAAUGCACAUUUCCGUCAAUAUAAUCAUAAUAGGUAUACUUUCAUUGAAAAGUAUGAACAAAAUAUACAUCGAACUAUUAAAGAAGAAAAGUUCCGAAAAAAAGAAAAACAAUCAAACCAAAUGCAACAAGCUUCAUCAAACCUCUUUAAAAUAUUGAAGGUUUUUUUCUGUUUUCUUUCUUUCUUGGCUUUCUUCAUUCAUCAAUCAUAUUUUUAUUUCGUGAUUUUCUAAGUCUGACUUUUUUUUUUCUUCCACCAUCCUAUAAUUUCCCCUGCAUGUUUAGGUAUUUUCUUUUCUUUCUCUCGCCUCUCUUUUUUUUCUAACUAAGCUCUUGUACUGCUACCAGCCUUAGCCUAUGGCAUAGGCUUUGUCGAAACGAUGAUAAGCACCUCAUCCAUCCAUCCAACCAACCAACGGAUACCCGCAUCGAGUGGAACAUACGCGUGCACCACCACAAAGUGUCUCUUUUUUACUUUGGUUUCUGUCCACAAGCUGAAACCAACUCGAUUCAGUUUAACGAAAGACUUCAACAGCGUCGGUCUUAUAUGAAGCAAACAUUUUUAACACCACUCGAACGUCUUGAAAUAAAAAUCGUCACACUUGUUACUUUUAUUUUCCGACUUUUGAUCAAGUUGAGCUUGAAAUUAUACUUACCGACCAUCAUGGUUGAAGCUUCUUCUUCUUGUAUUUUUUGUAUGCGCGAGUGAACUUGAGUGUAACUUUAUGCAUCUAAAUCGAUGCAGAAUUAAUUGAUUGAUUUAAUAGUGAAGAAAAGAUACAAAAGGAAAAUGUAAAUUAAGUCUUGCAUAUCGACAAACUUCUUUAACGUAGAUAGAUAGCUCUAUUCCAACCCAGUUUCGUGUCUUCCCGGUGUUUAGAGACUCGAGAAUAGUAUGACGCGCGAUAACGUCAAGUAACUUGAUACCUUUUAUAUGCUUCUUCUCAGUGAAUAAACAGGGUAUCGGUACCUUUUCGACAGAUUCACACAAUCUCCCUAAACUUGUUUAUCUAAGUCUUUAUGUUACAUCUUGAAAAAAUUCUAACAAAAAAAAAAAAAACUAUAAAUAAAAAUGGAGUUGGGAAAAUCACGUAAAACCUCUCACUCAUCGCCAGCAUCAACACCUCCUACAUCAUCAUCAACAACAAAAGGUGUUCAAAAGUUCUACACAAAAAUUCGUCAUAAAAUCGAAGAUCUUCCGCCAAAAAUCACAGCCAAGUUGCAUAAGAAUUCUUCCAAACAACCAUCUUCCGGAUUGACAUCUUCAUCACCAAAUGGAAAAUUUACACCUUUGACAAAUAAUGUUCAAUCCAAGUCCAAAUCGGUGUCGAAAUCGUCAAAAUUCGUCACAAAAUCUGUUCAAACUUCACCAAUCAAAGAGAAUCGAAAAAAGGAUAUGGUAAAAAGUUCUCCUCCCAAGCCUUCAACAGCUGUUAAAGAAGAUUCAAUUUAUGAAGAUAUUCAAGUUGUUUCGUCAAAUCCAAAUGGCUCUACAAGUAUUGUCUAUGUUGACAGUGACGAAGAAUGUCGACUUAGUUUAAACGAUUCGAAAAUUUCUCUUGAAGACGAAAUAUUUGAAGAAUUGGAAAAAGUCGCUCAUGACGAAGCCAAGUUGAAUGCGGUUUUGAAAAAUUUCGACAAAAUUUUAACCGACUUUACUCAAACUAAACAACCGAAGAGUAUGGAUUAUUCCAAAUCGACGUCCUUGAAUCAAUCACUUCCUGCGGUCAGUUCUUCAAAAACAACACCUGUGAGUAUUCUUCCUGCGCCGAAGAAGCUUCAGAAAUCAAAGACUUGCAGUAUUAUCGAGUCUCGUUGUAUUUUGAAGAAAUCUAUCUCCGAUCCUCGAGAUGAUCUUGGCAAACUUGCAAUCGGUUUGGGAAAGCCCAGUAAUUUCAAUACAACCAAGAGUCUAUGGAAUCUCAAAGAUUUCGAAGAAUUCGCCAAAUCUGGAAAGAAAUUGGAGAAGAUCGAAAACUGUAAGCUUCCUGUUUACACGGGUCUUAACAAAUCUGUCGGAAGUGCAAUUCCACCAGCCAAAGUCACACCGACUUCUGCUUCUGUGGGAAAGAUCACACCUGGUCGAUCAAAAAGUGUUUGGGAUAUGUCAGGUUCGACACAGUCUAUUGCAGCUGGUGGUCGAAGUAAAAUUCCAAUAAUGAAAUCUUCAUCGAUCUUGUCUCUGAGCAGUCGAAGUAAUAGUUUUUGUGAUGUUAAUCAACAAAAGUCAAGAUCACCACCAAGUGUGAGUAAAAUGGUCAAAAGUAUCAACGAUAAGUCACCAAUUCCGUCAAAAAUGUUCAACAGUGCUACAUCGUCUACACCGAAGAUUUCAAAUUUGGUCAAACGUAGGAAUCUUUCGUCGGCAGUUUCAACUCCACAUUCACUCAAUCGAAUUGGUGGUGGUGGAUCAACUACACCAAAAGUUAGUUCUGCUUCUAGAUCGACUAUUAAACCAGCAAGUAGUGAAGUUUCUUUGAAGAAGUCGAUUACUUCAUCGAAAAUUUCGACAGCACCCUUAAGGAAACAGCAAAGUAGUGAUGUGUUGUUGGACAAGUGUCUUGAGAAAGGUCAUGAAAUUUUGAGAAAAGUCGAAGCUAUUGGAACGACGAAGAUCGAUCGAAAAAAUCGAUCUACAAUUGGAACUGUUUCAAAGUCAAAAACUCCUUCGACUUCGCCAGCAGGAAGUAUUUCGAAAAAAUCAUCAAUUUCACCACGAAGUUAUGCAAGAAUCAAAGAGCAAAGUAGUGCAAAAGUUUUAUCGAAGGAGAAAAAGACUGUCGUUGGAAAAAUGUCUCCAAAUAACACAAAAGAACUCGUCAAGAAACAAUCAUCUCCAAGUCAAGACACUGUCGAUGGUACAAUAGCCCCUCAACCAAUCAUCACACCACCACCACCUACCCAACUACUUUAUGCCAAGGAAGAAUCUAUUAAAUUCCCUCGUUUGGAAUCAUGUAAAAUUAUUCCCCCGAUCUUGGGUAAAACAUCUGAAGAACAUGCUGAACUUCUUGUCAAUGUCAAGACCAAACAGCCCACAAUCGAACCCCCAACCGCAACAACAAUUCUAAUCGAUAAAUUAUGCAACAGCAACAACGAUAUUAUGCAACAACUCGAGGACAAUCCACUUCCUGACAAAGAUUUAUAUCCAGAUUCUGAUCAUGACUCGGAUGAUUCUGGACACAUAUCGAAUGAAAAUGAUGAACUACUCACAAUCACUAGCGGUGAUUGUGGAAGCAGUAGUCGCAGCAGUGAUAGCUGUAAGGAAUCAAGUCCUCCUCCACCAUCACAACCGACUCCUACUAAUAAUCUGGCAGGAAUAAUAACACAGCAACAGCAACGUGUUGUGGUGGCAGCAUCGACAAAGAUCAGUGAACUUUUGGAGAAAUUUGAACAAACUAACAACAGUAACAGUAACCACCACCUUCAACGACAGCAGAUGCUUCAUCAUCAUCACCAGCAACAGCAACAGCAGCAGCAUCAUCAACAACCUCAUCAGUUAUCGUCAAAAAAAAUUUGCAAAGCAAUGAAAAUUGCUGAAGUAGAACCAGUUAAAUGCAUCCAGACACAUAUUGAAAUUUUUCCAACUUACAGUAAAGAGGUAAUUUUACGGUUAAUGUAGACAAAAAUAUGGAAAAGAAAAAAUUUGGUUGUUGUUAAUUUUAAUUAGUUUUAAGUUUAAUUAUUUUGGAGCUUAGAUAGAUACGAAAUAUUUAAGAAUCUGGUAAUACAAAG